AUGCACUUCAGUCGCCUCUGCUUCGUUUUGCCGUCAGACGGAGACGACCACCAGCCAGUUGUCCAUAACCACCGUCCUAAGCAACCGGACUCCACCUCACACAAACACCCACCACGUGGCCCUCAUAUUCCAGAUGUCCUCCGGCGAGUUCUUCACAGACUGUAUGACACAAAACCAGAUAUUUAUUCUUGCGGUUUCAAUCCAUGGCAUAAACAAACGUCUAUUGUCUUUCACGACACCGAAGGAGUCCAGUUUCCGAACGACAAGGUGUUUGUGGGCCAUAGCCCCAAAAUCUUCAGCUACUCUGAGCUUUACAUCGGUACUAAAGGGUUUAGCAAAGAUGAGAUCCUUGGAUCAGGAGGUUUCGGGAGAGUUUAUAGAGCGGUUUUACCGAGCGAUGGAACUGUGGUGGCCGUUAAAUGUUUGAUGGAGACUGGUGAGAGGUUUGAGAAGACUUUCACAGCAGAGCUGGCGGCGGUAGCCCGUCUCCGGCACCGGAACUUGGUUCCCUUACGUGGAUGGUGUGUUAACGAAGAUCAGCUUCUUCUCGUUUAUGACUACAUGCCUAAUCGCAGCCUUGACAGAGUACUUUUCCGGCGGGCGGCGCUGGUGCUUGGUUGGGAUCAGAGAGUGAAAAUAGUGAAGGGACUCGCCGGAGCUCUGUUUUACCUCCAUGAACAACUGGAAGCUCAGAUCAUACACCGUGAUGUGAAAACAAGCAAUGUGAUGCUUGAUUCCCGUUUCAAUGCCCGGUUAGGUGAUUUUGGUUUAGCUAGGUGGCUAGACCAUGAAUUCAAGUACCAAAAUGUUUCACCCUCCGUCAAGCACUACGAGAUCAAGACCGCCGAUACGACACGUAUUGGCGGCACGAUUGGAUACCUGUCGCCGGAAAGUUUCAAGAAAGGCGGUCUUGCCACCGCCAAAUCCGAUGUUUUUAGCUUUGGCAUCGUAUUACUCGAGAUUGCUUCGGGAAGAAAAGCAGUCGAUCUUACGUAUCCAGAUGAACAGAUCAUUCUGCUCGACUGGAUUCGAGAAUUAGCUGAUGAUCAACUACUUGUAAAAGCAGCCGAUCAUCGGCUACAUGAUGGAUCAUACAAAGUUCCUGAUAUGGAACUUUUGAUCCGUCUUGCGUUACUAUGUACUCUCCAUGAUCCACAGUCCCGACCCAAUAUGAAAUGGGUCGUGGAUGCACUUUCUGGCAAUGCCUGCGUAAAGAUCCCAGAUCUUCCGUCCUUCAAAUCCCACCCACGCUACAUCUCAGUAUCUCCACCAAUUACUAGUAGUAACACUACAAACACAACCACCACCAUCACCAUCACCACCACUACCACUGUUUCUGGUGAUUCAACCACUACCACAACCGCCAAAGAAGGAUUGAGUCGUCGUGGAUCGAAAAUAUGCCCGAUGGUGGAACUGUGCCCGAUGGUGGAACCACCACGAGAGAUAACCUACAAUGAUAUCAUUUCUGCAACUGAUAAUUUCUCGGAUUCUAACCGCCUCGCAGAGGUUGAUUUCGGGACCGCUUACUAUGGUGUCCUCAAUAAUCGAGACAUAAUCGUAAAGCGGCUCGGGAUGAAAACAUGCCCUGCACUCCGAGCACGCUUCGCGAAUGAGCUCUCAAACUUAGGGAGGCUUAACCAUCGAAACCUUGUCCAACUCCAUGGAUGGUGCACUGAGCACGGUGAGAUGCUUGUGGUCUACAACUACACGGCUAAUCGUAUCUUGGGUCAGCUCCUCUCACACCAUAACCAUCAAAGGUCACAACUGGUCUUACAAUGGGGUCACCGUUACAAUAUUUUGAAAUUACUUGCGAGUGCGGUUCAAUAUCUUCAUAAUGAAUGGGAAGAACAAGUGAUCCAUAGGAACAUCACCUCAUCGGCUAUAGGGGUCGAACCGGAUAUGAACCCUCGGCUCGGUUCGUUUGCACUUGCGGAAUUUUUAACGAGAAAUGAACAUGAUCAUCAUGUGGAAAUCGACCCGAAAAGAUCAGUCCAUGGGAUUUUCGGGUAUAUGUCGCCGGAAUAUAUGGAAUCAGGGGAAGCCACCACGAUGGCGGAUGUUUAUAGCUUUGGUGUGGUGGUUCUUGAGGUGGUUACCGGUCAAAUGGCGGUGGAUUUUAGAAAUCUGGAUGUGUUGUUGGUUAAAAGGGUACAUGCAAUUGAGAAUCAUGAAAGGGAUUACAAAAAAUUGGUUGAUCCUAGGCUAGAUGGAGAGUAUGAUCACAAGGAACUCGUUAGGCUUGUGAAGUUAGCCAUUGCUUGCACGUGGUCGAACCCAGGGUUAAGACCAACCAUGAUUCAGGUUGUGAACAUACUCGAUGGUCGUGACAAAUGCCCCAUGGAAGUAGCAGAUAAAAUGGAGAAUAUGGAAGAAUGGAAAGAAAGAAAUAUGUUGGCGCUGUCACUAGUUAGGAGAGUUCAAGCUUUAGGAAUACAAUGA